AAAUGGGGCCGUGAAAUCUUCCCUCCAAACAAACCUGCUAACUCGUUUUGGAACACUCCUGACAAGAAUAAUGGGCAAUUUUCAUCCAACCAUUAAGCUUCAUCAUGAUUUUGAUGCAGAACGAGAUGCAAAGAAACUAUAUAAGGCCUGCAAAGGGUUAGGAACUGAUGAAAAAGCAAUUAUAGAGAUUCUGGCCAACAGGACUUCGGACCAAAGGCAAGAAGUGAAGCAGAAAUACAAGACGUUAUAUGGCAAGGAUUUGGAGAGCGUUCUAAAAAGUGAGCUGAGCGGAAACUUUGAGAAGACGGCAUUAGCGCUACUGGAUCGCCCCUGUGAGUUUGAUGCCCGCGAGCUCAGGAGCGCCAUGAAGGGAGCCGGAACCAACGAGUCAUUGUUGAUACAAAUAUUAUGUACAAGGUCCAAUCAGCAAAUAAAAGCCACAAAAGAAGCCUAUAAAAGAUUGUUUGGCAGGGAUUUGGAGUCAGACGUCCAGAGUGAGACGAGUGGCUACUUCCGGAAGAUACUCAUCUCAUUGCUCCAGGCAAAUCGGGAUGAGGGUCUGUCUAUUAAUGAAGAUCUCGCUGGUCAGGAUGCCAAAAAACUCUACGAGGCUGGAGAAGCUCGAUGGGGCACAGAUGAAUCAGAGUUCAAUAUUGUCCUGGCAACAAGGAACUACAUGCAGCUGAGGGCCACAUUUAAAGCCUAUGAGAUUCUGCAUGGAAAAGACAUCUUGGAUGUGAUCAAAAGUGAAACCUCAGGGGAUCUGAAGAAAGCUUAUUGCACCAUAGUGGAAGUUACCAGGGAUUGCCAAGGCUAUUUUGCUAAGAAGUUGUACAAAGCAAUGAAAGGAGCAGGAACAAACGAGGCAAUGCUGAUCCGCAUCCUGGUGACCAGAGCAGAGAUUGAUCUCCAGACGAUCAAAGAGAGAUACCAGCAGCUUUACAAGAAGACCUUAGCCGAAGCCAUUAAGUCAGAUACAUCUGGAGAUUUCUGCAAGUUGCUGCUGGCUCUUUUACACUGAAUCGGAAAACAAAUGUAACAAACAGAUAUCUAUUCUGCGUUUAUUAGAGAAAUAUCUCACUUUGUUAAAGUUACCUUUGUGUACCUGGAAAAAAACAAUGUAAAGCAUCAAGUGUCUGCAUGGCAAUAAGUAGGAACCAGAGCUGAUUAGUUCUUUGACACAUAAUAGAGAAAUGUAAAAUAAUGCAUUUAUUCAAAUGUCUGUCUUACCAACAAGCUCUUGGGGCGAGACAAUGGCAGUAGUUGGAUUUUUGUCUUCAUUAAACUAGGGAUAAACUUGAAAGGUAAGAUAUGGAGACUCAAGUUCUAAUGCCCAUGGGAAUGUUCCCUACGGGUGGCAGCAGCCAUGGCCAGAGAGAUUUGAGAAAAUAUUUUAGCCUUAUGAUCAUUUAAUUUUCAUCAUGGUGGCCAUCAUGCUGGUUUUGGGAACUUGCAUGUGUUGUUUGUUCAUUUUACAAUAUGUUGUAUCCAUAUUGAUUGAAGUAAUAAAUGCAUCGCUCAGUGAAAAAAAGCAAAAAAAAGUCAAGUUAUGCAU